AGUCUUGUGUUGUUGCCUGUGUUGUCACCUGACUGACAUUCGCCGACAUCGUCUUUUGCCCUGGUCUAAGGGCUUCUGCCCAAAGCAGCCAUCUUUGAUCGGCCUACACCAGCAGCCAGUGAUGGGUAAACAGAACAGCAAGUUGAAACCGGAAGUUCUGGAAGACUUGCGUCACCAGACCCAGUUCACGGAGGAGGAGCUCCAGGAGUGGUACAAGGGUUUCCUCAAAGACUGCCCCAGCGGACACCUCUCUGUGGACGAGUUUAAGAAAAUCUACGGCAACUUCUUCCCGUACGGAGACGCCUCGCGGUUCGCCGAGCACGUGUUCCGCACCUUCGACACGAACGGGGACGGCUCUAUUGACUUCCGUGAGUUCAUCUGUGCCCUGAGCGUCACGUCUAGAGGAAAGCUGGAACAGAAGCUGCGCUGGGCCUUCAGCAUGUACGACCUGGACGGGAACGGAUACAUCUCGCGCCAGGAGAUGUUGGAGAUUGUCACA